CACUUCAGUCAGCGCGCUCCUUGGCUGCGCGCUGCGGUGCUGGGGGCCAACGACGGCCUCGUCAGCGUGGCAUCACUCAUGCUGGGCGUGGAGGGCGGCACGCAUGAGCUGCAUCCUGUUGUCCUGGCCGGUGUGGCUGGCCUUGUUGCUGGCGCCCUCAGCAUGGCCGUUGGCGAGUUUGUCAGCGUGUCUUCCCAGAGGGAUGCAGAGGAAGCAGACAUCGAGAAGGAGCGCAAGGAGCAGGCAAAGGGGCCGGCGGCGCGCCAGCACGAGCUUGAGGAGCUCACCGCUAUCUACGAGGACCGCGGCCUCUCACAGGGCCUUGCUCGCCAGGUGGCGGAGGAGCUGACGGCCAAGGACGUCAUCCGCGCGCAUGCGCGCGACGAGCUUGGCAUCGACAUUGAUGACAUGACUAACCCUUACCAAGCCGCCGCAUCCUCCGCCCUCGCCUUCUGCAUCGGCGCCGGGCUGCCUCUUCUGGCGGCGGCCUUCAUUGAAGACCCCAAGUGGCGCAUUGUCUCAGUGGUGCUGACAUCAGCAGCCGCCCUGCUGGUAUUCGGGAUCAUGGGGGCGGUUCUGGGGGGCGCGGGGGUCAUGAAGGGUGGCACGCGCGUUUUGAUCGGGGGUUUGGCAGCCAUGGGAAUCACCUAUGGCUUUGGCCGGAUCUUCAACAAGGGCACUACUGCUCUCCCAUGA